CCAGAUUUUGGGAAAUUUCGGGCAUCACAGGCUACUAAACCAACGUAACCACACCUGAGGAUUUGUGGAAUCUGAGCGAAUAUUGAUGAUUUUUUUGAUUGGUUUGGAGGAACCCAACAAAAGAGCAUUCCAGGUCGGGGUGAAUCCAGGCUCCAAACAGAUCCAGUGUCUGGAGCUCCAGCCCAGGAGCUUGGCUCUCAUCCAGGCUACUUCUGACGGGGCCUGAAUUUACUGCUGCUGCUCUGGGAGUCAAAUUUCAUGCAACCAUUCCAAUGGUGUAACGGAUGCCUGUGUGGUUUGGAUUCUCAGCGCUCUGAACACUACUGCAGCAUGACGUCUGACAUCUAUCACCUCCCGCUCAAUGUGUAUGUCAUUGUGCUGGGCAUCGGCCUCUUCGUCUUCAUGCUCAGCCUCAUCUUCUGCUGCUACCUUUUCAGGCUGAAACAACAAGGAACAAGGGAGCAGUUCAGUUACAAUGAGGUGGUGCUGAAGGGAGCGAGCAAGAAGCUGAGCCUCCUAGGACAAACCUGUGCAGUGUGUCUGGAAGAGUUCAGGACCAGAGAUGAACUGGGGGUUUGCCCAUGCUCGCAUGCAUUUCACAAGAAGUGCCUGCUUAAGUGGCUGGAGAUCCGCAGCGUGUGUCCCAUGUGUAACAAACCCAUCCUCCGGCUGCACACAGACGCUACCCAGGGUGCCGAGGGUCCCAUGGAUCCAGAGGAAGUGUGAGGCGACUGGGGAAGAAGCCAGACUCCCCUCACAACAAAAAUAUACAUAUUAAAAACACACUAGGGAUGACGUACAGCGAUCAUCUUUUAAAGACAUCUCACAGGAAAUGUUGAUAAUGAUCCCCGGGCCUUGCCGCUGACUGUCGAGCGAUAUGCCUCGGAUUGGAUAUCGACAGCACUGGGGGACGAUUUUGGUCAGAUCGGCGAAGAAGAUUGUGGAUCAAAUAGGACCUUUUCAUAAAAAUGCUCCUCGUCCUACUUCAUAUUGCACUGCUCACCUAAAAACAGGAAAAAAAAAGGAGCCACUUUAGAGCGCAGGUUAUCAUUGCAACUGUCACUGGACAACUAGUGCAGCACUGCCAGAGACAAAAAAAAAAAAACACAAAA